CCCAACAUAUUCAGUGAUAGUCCAGAGCGAAGCAGAUAGGCACACAACCGCGAGUUCAAUCGCAUAUUCACACACACAAAAAAUGAACCAGUGAGUUAAUACACGUACAUAUUAAUUUAGAGAGAAAAACAACAACAAAAGCUGAUCGCAGCUGUAGAAUCUGGAACGCGCUUCUAGAGAAAUUGUUGUUGUGACAGUUAUUCUGUGAACUGAAAUUCUUCGUGGAUGAAUCUUUUUCAAUGAAAAAGUUGGACUCUUCUGAUCACUGCAAUCGCAAUUUCUGAACGAUUGGAUAUUUUUCCCUCUGUUGACGCAACAGAAAGAGAAAAAAACGUCUUCGAUCCGACAAAAAGCUCCGUCUUCACCUGCUUCGUCGGUGAUUCCUCCUCUCGGUCUCCAAGCAACAGCAGCACUAGCCGGAAGGAUGGCCGCAGCAAAAACAGAGAUGUCCCUGCCCGCCCUGCAGAUCUCUGACCCCCUGAGCUUUCCCCACUCCCCCAUGGAUAACUACCCCAAACUGGAGGAAGUGAUGCUGCUCCACUCUGCUGGGACGCCCUUCCUCGCCGCCUCAGCACCAGAAGGUGCAGGGUUCGGGACCGGCGACCCGGAGCAGUACGAUCCCCUGACAGGAGAUACGCUGCCUGAUCUCUCCAUCCACUGCGAGAAGACCCUGGCGGAGCAGUCCUACCCCACCCAGAGGCUGCCCUCGCUGGCCUACACCGGCCGCUUCACCCUGGAGCCCGCCACCACCUGCAGCAACAGCCUGUGGGCCGAGCCUCUCUUCAGCCUGGUCAGCGGAUUGGUGGGGAUGGCCAACCAGUCCGUCAGCACCGCCACCCUGUCCUCGACCACCUCCCCGGUCAGCUCCACCUCCUCUUCCUCCCCCUCCUCUUCAUCCUCCCAGAUCAGCCUGGGCUGCUCCAUUCACCUGAGUGACCCCAACCCCAUCUACUCGGCUGCCCCCACCUACUCCAGCGCCAGCCCCGACCUCUUCCCCGAGCCCAGCCAAUCGUUCACCACCACGGUGGGCGGGGCCCUCCAGUACCCGCCCCCGGCGUACCCCGGGGCGAAGACCACGGGCUUCUCCGUUCCCAUGAUCCCCGACUACCUGUUCCCCCAGCAACAGAGCGAGCUGGGCCUGAUGUCCCCCGAUCAGAAGCCCUUCCAGUCCCAAUCUGCCCAGCAACAGCAGCUGUCGCUCACGCCGCUGUCCAUCAUCAAGGAGUUCGCCAAUCAGACGGGGUCGCGGGACAUCACCAAGGCAACCGGCAUUGCCGCCGCCCCCUACCCCGCCCAGCCCAUGAAGCCCGGCCGCGCCCGAAAGUACCCCAACCGCCCCAGCAAGACCCCGCCCCACGAGCGGCCCUACUCCUGCCCCAUGGAGACGUGCGACCGGCGGUUCUCGCGCUCGGACGAGCUGACACGGCACAUCCGCAUCCACACGGGCCAGAAGCCCUUCCAGUGCCGCAUCUGCAUGCGCAACUUCAGCCGCAGCGACCACCUGACCACCCACAUCCGCACGCACACCGGCGAGAAGCCCUUCGCCUGCGACGUGUGCGGUCGCAAGUUCGCCCGCAGCGACGAACGCAAGCGCCACACCAAGAUCCACCUGCGGCAGAAGGACAAGAAGGUGGAGAAGCUGCCCUCCAUCGCCAUGCCCUCCAUGCCCUCCAUGCCCUCCCCGGCCUCCAGCUACCCCUCCCCAGUGGCCUCCUACCCCUCCCCAGUGGCCUCCUACCCCUCCCCCGUGGCCUCCUAUCCUUCGCCCGUGUCCUCCUACCCAUCCCCUGUGCCCUCCUGCUACUCCUCUCCCGUGCACACCUCCUACCCGUCCCCCUCCGCUGCCUCCACGUACCCCUCGGCCUCCAGCGCCUACCACCCUCAGGGCACCCCCACCUACCCCUCCUCCGUCUCCACCAACCUCUACAGCUCCCCCGUGGCCACCCCGCUGUCGGACAUCCAGUCCACACUCUCACCACGGACAAUCGAGAUCUGCUGAGGCGGCCAACGGCCUCGUUUUUACCCCGCUUUCUCAAAACUCUUCUCCUCCUCCCUCCCUCCGAACAAAAAAGACUUUGUCGACUUCUGAAAAGCACUUUUUCCUCCGCAUCUCCCAACAAACUCUUUCCCUGGUGGUAUUCUCUCCAGCACCUGAGGAAGACGAGGCAAAGGCGGGGAAGAUGAAAACGGAUUCAUCUCUCCUUUAGCACUGCGAGAGAGACUGAACGCAAACAGCUGUAGGCUUUGGCAGGGAUUCUGAAAAGAAAAACAAAAAGACUUGAGUCCAGCAGCAGAGUUCUGAUGUCUGAAAACGUGAGACUCUCUCUGACUCAAGGGACACCCAAACAGAACUGAAACAAUGGAAGAUGGACGCUCGAAUAAAAACUUUGACGAUAUACAUAACCUACGUAUAUGUAUAUUCUACAUGUGCCAUGAUUGGUUAUCAUUUUGGUACUAUCGAUGUAUAAAAACCUUCCUUGCAUAUUUACAUUGUAUCCUGGCAUUAGAAGGCCAUUGUUUCUGUUACUCUUUUCUCUCUUCACAUAGUGGAAAAUAAUGUGAUACCUUUUUGAAUUUCUUUAGCGAAAAAGACAGCAUGAGAGUUUUUGUUUUCCGUUACUUUGUAAAUAUCACCCGCUGGUACUCUUCAAUCUCUCUCUCUCUCUCUUUCUCACAUGUAGCAACACAAAAAGGUCAGUUUGAAAAACAAAUGAGACGCAAGCGGUUUAAAGACAUUUCUGGUGCCUUUUGUGAAGCCUGGCUGACAUUUUGACACAUCUCUGCGUGUGAUUGGAUGCGUGGUGUCCGCGGUAGCCUUAGGAAUAAGGGAUAUUUUUCUACAGAAUGUAACAGGGGGCGCGAGGCUGAGCUCAGAGCUUCAUUUCUUUCGAAUGUAAGCGCAAAGAAAAAGACAAAUCUCAAAAAGUAUAUUUUUGUAACUGAAGUGUAAAUAUCUACAUAUUCAGGAGUUGGAAUGUUGUAGUUACCUACUGAGUAGGCAUGAGAUUGUUUUGUAUGUUCUUUACAUGCGGUUUAUUAUUUUGUGGUUAUUUUUUAUUUGUUAUUGUGUUUUGUCAAACAAAGUGACUGUUUCUGGCUUCUAAACACAUUGAAUGCGCUUAACUGCCAACGGGAUAUUUGAUGUAUAAGAUAUCCUACAGAGACAAAAUAUAAAUAAAAUCUAAAUAUAUAUUA